AUGCAGAGCUUAUCCAAACAAAGAAGUAUUUUUACUGAAACUCAUCCUGAGUUAACUUCUUUAAAUACUAAUAUUUCAUUAUUACAAAAUAUUUAUCAAUCUACUUAUAUUGAUGAAGAAAAUAAUUCAGAAUUUUUAGAACAAAAUAGUACUGAAACUAAUAAUUUUAUUA